AUGAACAACAAUUUACUUACAUAUUUAUCAACUAUUCCUGUAGUAGGAGCUAUUUGGAUCACAUUUACUGCUGGUUUUAUUAUCGAAAUUAAUCGCUUUUUUCCGGAUAUUCUUUUCUUUUCAUUUUAA